UUCAACAAUAAACACAUUUUUUGCAGGGUGAUCAGAAGUUUGGAUACGAAACAGAGGCUUUUGCAAUAUAUGAUGCCAUGGGGUUUGUCAAGCCACCCAUUUUCACCCUAUGUGUAGGCAAUGCUUGGGGGGAAGCUGCAUUACUUUUAGCUGCUGGGGCGAAAGGAAACCGUGCUGCGUUGCCUUCAUCUACAAUCAUGAUCAGACAGCCUAUUGGUCAGUUUCAGGGCCAAGCAUCGGAUGUCAACAUUAUGAGGAAAGAAAUAAAGUUCGUGAAGGAGGAGUUGAUGAAACUCUACUCCAGACACACAGGGAAAUCGACAGAGCAGAUUGAAGAGGACAUAAGACGUCCUAAAUAUUUCAGUCCAAGUGACGCAGUUGAGUACGGAAUCAUCGACAAGGUUCUUUACAAUGAGAGGAGCAGAGGAGAUAGAGGUGUUAUGAAUGACCUGAAGAAGGCACGUCUUGUCUAAAAACUGAAAUUUCUCAUGAGCUAUAUAUACACUAUUGAGGUCAAAUAUCUCUUAUGGUCAUCCAUCAUGAAGGCUAUUUGAUGAUUGUAUCAGGCUUUACCUUUGUCAAUGUUCACUAUAUUCUGCUUGAUUUUCUCCAUUUUUAACUCCUUAGUAUUACCAAUGAGGGUACAUGAUGCAAAAAUCAUUUUUAUGGUGAAAUGGAGAACCAGUUUCCUUUCAUUUUGCUAUAAUACGACACUCCAAGCCUCCCAGUUCACUCUACCUUUGUCAAGAUUUUUGUGGUUGAAUUUCAUGCACGUUUGUGGUAGUUAUUUGAAACAUAAUCCCAUCUUUCAUUCCAUUGUUUU